AGUAAGACACAAAAACUCUCUUACCUUGCUGUCGCUGUCCGCCUCCUCUGCCCUCUUUGGUUUUUAUCCACAACUUAUUCCAUCUCUCUGGAAGAAAAAAAGAGGAUCUGUGAGGCUGGGUUUUCACGCCGGAGCGACUUCACACACUUCACACAGGUAUGUCUCUUCUUCUCAUUAAUCAUAAGAACUUUGAUUUCUCUCUUUGUCAUUUCCAAGUGAACUGUAACACCGUGGAGACACAUGAGUUUUAUAAAGUGAAUAUUUACCAGGUCUCCACAAAUGAAUACAGGAUAAAAUAUAAGAUCACAAUCCUUAUGGGAUAGCCAUACUUGUUAGUACUAUAACUUUUAGGCUUUCUGAUACACUUGGUCUGCAGGUUUAGAAAAUGUGUGAUAUCAGACUUCAACAAGGCUAAUCUUUCUUAAAAUUAUUUAUCUUACAGACGAAAAGCCUUCAUCCUUCGGUGUCAAUGUAAUUUAUUUACUGCAGUUAACUUUUCCAACCUUGUAGGUUCAGGUGUGAGAAGCAGCAGCUGCAUUGUGGGACCAUAUGGUGCGAACAAUGAGUCAUUCAUUAUCACAUCUGCAACAACAACAGAGGAAAGAUCAAGAUUUUAUACAUACGCACAAAUGCAUCAGGUGUAACAUACUCCACUAAUCAUCAUUUUUACAGCAUUACAGCUGAUGCUGUUUCUGUUUCACAUGCGCACAUACAAUAUAUGAUAAAUAUGUAUAUCAAAGUUUAACUUUCACACAAUGACACUAGAAUCAACAUUUUUAAAGGAAUUAUCAGAAAAUAACAGUUUUAGGAACUCUUAACAAACAAGACUUCUGUAAUCAGUCACUAACAGCAAAUGUUAAUAUCCUCUGAGCUCUUUUGUUUUCUCCUGCAGCUGUUAGUGAUUUGUGGCCGCUCUGUAUGAGCCGCUGUCUUCAGUUAACCCUGGAGAAGACAGGACAGUCUGAGAUCACAUUUGCAAGCCUGCUGACUCAACUGCAGAUAUUCAUUACCUGUGAUGUUUGCAGAAAAAAUAAUCUAAAAAAAAAAUUUUUGCACUCGGGGGGUGAAGUCUCAGCGGUGGUACUUUUCUCUCGUGUAUUCUGUUCACCUGCACUGGACCCGACCUUGGGUUAUGAUCCUCACCUCUGGCAACCGGCCAUGGAACAGCAGUGGUCCACGCGUGACGCUUCGACUUCGCCUCUCCCCUUCCUCUCCCCUCCAUGUCAGCAGGUUUGGCAGGGACAGCGGCUUACAUAUCCUGUGUUAAAGUGUUAGUGCCAGGCCAGCAGAAACAAGAGAAGUCACUUGACACUGAUGGUCAUACAGUGGCUAUGAGCACAUUAUUGCUUCAAAAAUGCCUGAUCAAUGAGAUUUAUGGACACUCUUCUCUGAGGUUUAUGUGUGUCCAUGAGGUCUGUCUCUUCAUGCACUCACAGAUGCACCUCUUUCUUUUCUGUAUUGAAAUAUGAUGAACCAUACAUUGUGGGAAAUGGUUUUGAAAUGGCUGUGUAACCUCUCCCUGUAUCUCUGUAUUUCUGCCAGUUUCGCUCUGAAUCUGCUGUCAUCGCUCAAAUAAUGACUGGAAACCAUCGAGCUGCCCCCGGUGCACCAGGCUCUUCUGUUGCUCCAACCCAAAUGCCAAAUGCAACAACCACCCGAGGCCAAAAACAGCCCCACAUUCCCACCAAAUUCAUGAGUGAACUGCGCAGAACACACAGUGAGUCCAAGACUAAUAAAAAGAGAGAUAAAGUGCUAGUAUGUUGGUAUGGUUAGAAAGGCUUAAAUCUGACUUUACAAAAACCUUUGAAAUAACAACAAAACAGAAAGUUUAAGUUCAAGUCUACAUUUCUGCUCUGUUAGAAAGGCUGAAUAAAACAUUAAAAUAAAUUAUGUAUCAUAUAAGCAUGUGCAUGUGUUUAAUAUGGACUUGCAGUGCCAUCAUGGGCUGUUGCUGCCCUCUGCAUGGUGAGUUUGUGUGUGGUGCUCUCCUGUGCUGUUUGUGUGUGGAGAAAGUGCCUGAAAAAGAAGGACAAGGACAAAGAAAAGGAGAAGAAAAAGGGGAAGGAGAAGAGCCAGGGGGACUUUGACACUGAAAUGAAUGGAGGAUUUAUCAAGGUAGGCUCGCACAAGUGCGCACUCUCUCACACAGUCUCCUUCUGCAGAUAUAUUGCCCUUGCAAUGUAUCACAGUCCUGACAUCAGGGUCAGUCAGGGCCAGUAAAACUGCCAGUGUGUGCUCAGACUAAUGGAUGUUUUGUACGUUUCUUAUGCUGUAAUAAAAGUCAAAGUGGAGGUCUGGGAUGAGCUGUGUUUCAGGUCUCGUUUAAACACGCUAAGAACUUCCCCUAUUAACAGUAAAUAAACUUAGACAGUAACAUUAUGUGCUGCUCCACUAAUUGACAGACAGUCUUCAUUGAUUAUUCAUAAAGCUGGCAUAUUUCACCCACAUGUGAUGUGUGUCUUUGUCUUUGUGCAGCCGCUGAAAGACGAAGGCAAAAAAGAAACAGAGCUGUUAGAUAAUGAGCCCAAAGAGGAGGAGAAGCUUGGCAGGCUACAUUUCACAUUAGACUACAACUUCACUGAUAAUACGGUGAGAUGCUGCCACUCACUGUAAUGUGUCUCAGCCCACCAUCUGCUGACUUUAAAAUGUCACAUCAGAAUGUUUUUACUGCUCUGUCAUUCAGACAGAUUCUCUUUACCCGGUAUUUCUUCCCUUCGCUCUCUUUACCUAGCUGGUGGUAGGCAUCUUGCAGGCUGCUGAACUUCCUGCGAUGGAUGUAGGAGGUAGCUCGGACCCUUAUGUCAAACUGUUUCUGCUCCCAGACAAAAAGAAAAAGUUUGAGACCAAAGUUCAUAGAAAGACCCUUGACCCCAACUUCAACGAGACUUUUUCCUUUAAGGUAUGGGAUAUCAAUAGGAUAUGAAUGAUUCUAGCUCAUUGCACUAGAUAUGUUCUAAAUAACCGUUUACUGCAGGUGCCGUACACUGAGCUGGGCGGAAAAACCCUGGUGAUGACCGUGUACGACUUUGACCGCUUCUCAAAACAUGAUGCUAUUGGAGCUGUGAAGAUACCCAUGAGUAGUGUGGACUUCAGCCAGUCUCUGCAGGAGUGGAGGGAUCUGCAGAAGGCAGAGAAGGAGGAGGUGGGAGCGCACUGCACUGUCGGAGGAGGAGAGGAGCUGAUAUUGGAAAAGCAUGCAUGAGUCAAUCAGGGUGAAAAUUAUAAUUCAGUGGAGACAAGUUUCUGUAAAAGUUUUUCCACUAUUUACCACUGACCCAAAGUAACUAUUCUUUUCAUGUCUGUACAUUCAUCUGCUUUAUUUACCAAAGUUAAUAACUAAAUUAAGUCUUCAUCCUGUUUUUGAGGCCCUGUAACUCUGGGGAAGUUCUUGUGAUUUUGAUGAAAGAUUCAGUUUUCAAAUGUAACCAUGAACAACAACCAUGAAACAACAUACUCACUUUCUUUGUAUCAGAGUGAGCGGCUUGGAGACGUAUGUUUGUCCUUGAGGUAUGUGCCAACUGCAGGGAAGCUGACAGUUGUUAUCUUGGAGGCAAAAAACCUCAAGAAAAUGGAUGUGGGAGGGUUAUCAGGUGAGUUAAACAUUAAACAGUUUACAUAGAAUUAUUAUUGAAGGUAUUUUCAAAGUUCCUACAGAUGUUCUGCACACUAGAUAUCUUCCAUAUGUACAUAUAAAUGGAUUUAUUAUAGUUGCUAGAUUUUAUCAUAUGACUGAGUGAACUCUAUAGGUCCAAUGUAUAACUUGAGAAGGUGAAUAAGAACAUGCUACUUGGUGCAAACUUUUAAGUAGUUCUAAUUCAAGAAGCAUAACUCAGAGUUUCCACAAUCAGUGUUGAAUUUAAUGACUAAUGGAAUUACUGCAUUGGUGCCAUGCUGACAGUCUGCCAUGAAUACCCUCUUCCCUCUGUUAGACCCUUAUGUAAAGAUCCACUUGAUGCAGAAUGGGAAAAGGCUCAAGAAGAAGAAAACAACGAUAAAGAAAAACACUUUGAACCCUUACUACAAUGAGUCCUUCAGCUUUGAAGUGCCCUGUGAACAGAUAGAGGUAUGCAUAUUUUUAAGCACACACCUAUAAAAUCAGAGUCAUCAAAUAAUCAUCACUUAUUCAUGUGUGUUUAUCCUUAUUCAUAGAAAGUGCAGAUAGCAGUGACUGUGCUGGACUACGAUAAGAUUGGAAAGAAUGAUGCCAUCGGGAAGGUGCUGCUGGGAGGAAACAGCACUGGGAAAGAGCAAUGCCACUGGUCAGACAUGCUGGCUAACCCCAGGAGGCCAAUAGCCCAGUGGCACAGCCUCCAACCAGAGGAUGAAGUCAAUGCACUCAUUUCCAACAAGAAAUAAAACUAUAAUAUCAGAAGAUGAAACUCACAGUUUAUGUUAAUUGCUCCAAUUCCCCUUAACCUCUUGAAGCUAAUGAAGUCCGACCAAUUAUAAUAUUUUUAACCUUAAAAAUAUCCAAGUCCCUUUUGUAGACUGUAAGCUAUCUUCCCUCACAUUUGUCCACCUGCUUCUACUUGUUGACUGUUUAUUUAUUUGGACAGCCCACCUCUCUCCCCUCCCAUUGUUUUAAAGUGAGGCCAAAAUACAACCUGAAUAGGCAAUGAUGUAUUGAAUGAUUUAGCAACAUAAUACACGAGCAGAAGCAAUCUGGCUUGUGGAGCUGCAGAAUUAACAUCAUAGCCUUCUGCUGACCAAAGCAAACACUGGAAUCAAUGGCUAGGUUAAAUGCAAGUUAGUGCAGACCCCAGCAGGUCCGAUUUUUCAGCUGCUUUAGAGCACACACUCAUGGUUAUGGAAAGUUCAGUAAAUCCUGUGGUAUUAUUUUUGUACAUUUUUCAUCUUAGUCCCUUCUCUACUCUGCUACUCUUUUAUGGAAAGCUGCAGGAGCCUGGAUUUGACAAUUUGAGCAGUCAGUCAUUGUGUCAUAUUCAUUCAAUUAAAUACCACUAAUUAAAACUAAACCUCUCAGAAAACUUGCAAAUGAAGUAGCAUGAUACAAACAGCUUAUACUGAAACAUGAUUAAGAAAAAAUGAUAUGACUUUUGUUCUUAAUUACUAGUUAGACCCACUUUUUAUGACUUAUACUGUAGUCAGCCACCAGGAGGAGCUCCCAAAGUUUGGCUUCACUUUGUGGGAGGUGUUGUGCCAUUAAGGGUUUUAUACGCUCUGUGCCUCUUAAACUGCAACAAAGAGUUUUGAAAUAAGAUGUAUCACUAUGUACAGUGCUAUUAAACCAUGUAUCACUUUUCUUA